CCCCCACCGCUCAUGAUCAAGCUGCUCGGGAUAUAACGCGGUUAUUACCAAGAUGGCAACGGAGAACUUUGAGAUGAACGGUGAUGCUGACCGUAACGGCGAGGCUGAGGUCCCGCUGCGAGGCCCCUCGAGGAGGCAGGAUAGACCUCUGAACAUGAACCAUUAUGCCAAUAAGAAGAGCGCAGCAGAGAGCAUGCUGGAUGUGGCUCUGCUGAUGGCUAAUGCCUCACAGCUGAAGGCCGUGCUGGAGCAAGGGUCAGACUUCUAUGUGGCCCUCAUUACUCUCAUUAGCAUCUCCCUCAUCCUGCAAAUCGUGGUGGGAGUUCUGCUCAUCUUCAUCGUGAAGUGGAACCUGAAUGAUGAAAGUAUGCACUACAAGCUGAACAUCAUGGAGAAUUUCGCCACAGCCUUUGUCUUCAUCAUAGUCGUGGUCAACGUCUUCAUCACAGCUUUUGGUGUCCAUCGGCCCAGCCCAAAUUCUUGAUCACCUUUUACUUGACUCUCCACGCCUGCUGAUCAACUUAGUAAAGAUGGACCCUGGCAUCAUUCGUGCAAACACAUAGGAUAUUCAAUUAUUCACCAAACUAAAUGGCAUGUAGGUGUAUUUGCCACUCUGUAAUCCAGCCUCCCAGGCUUGUCACUUGACACCCUGAGGAUCGGGUGACAUUUUAUAUAUGUGUGUGUGUGUGUGUGAGUGUGCGUGUGUGUGUGUGUGUUAGAGGGGUUCACUUCUUCUCUAACCAUGGCUCUGGACAAAUGCGUGAUCUGUCUUUAUUUCAUGCAGCAAUUCAGCAGUUUGUUACCUCCUAUAAUGCUCAGGUUACUGAUGCAAAUAAAUUAUUGCCUUUACUUCUAAAACAGACAUAUCAGGAGCAAUAUACUGUGCGUCAGUUACAACCAUUGUGAAUGUUUCCUGAAAAAAAAGAAGACAUCCCACUGUUAUUUUAAGUACUGGUCAGUGUAAGCGUAAUGCCUACAUCUUUAGAAACAUAAAUGUAAUCACCACAGCAUAAUCCAAAGGAAAUUCUCAAUAGUAGCUGCAUCAGGAGCCAUCGUGGCCUCCUGCUGCUCAUGAGGCAUUGCAUAUACAACAGCUUUAUUAUGGGGGCAAACAUUCGUUAAGUUUACAGUGUUAUAAACCUCAACCAAUGAAUGAAGUGGACCUUACUUGCUAUGUUUCUUUUAGUUCUAUGCAAAAUCUACUGUGUAACUUUUAAACUGAUUUACAUGUGUAUUAGUUAAUGUCUACAAUUGUUUUUGGACUGAACUAUAUAAUGUAUGUGGUUAUUUUUAGGCUUUUUCAUUACAUUUUUAUUACUUUGAAAAAAGGACCAAAAAAUAAAUUCACAGCUUUUACUAUAAGACCUUGGAUUGCAUACUGUGACUACUAUUUUAAAUGACAUUUAUAAAUAAAACUAUCACAAAAGUGA